GAUAAAAUUCCCCCGUUGUUUAUCAUUUAAACAUUCUUUAUUUUUAUAAAGUAAAAUAUUUGUCUUACGUUUUUUACUUUUAAGAAAUCAAUGUAAUCUAUUUAAGUUUUUUCUCUAGCAUUUAACACAUGUCACACGGUAACAAACAUGGUUAUGGCAGUGGCGGUGGUGGUUUUCUCGACACCCUAUUCGGGCGUCCUAAAAAACCAUCACAUACCUCUAGUGGAGGUGGCCAUGAUACAUAUGUACGUAGUGGUACACUUGGCUCCACUAUUAGAUCUAUAUCAGAUAAUGAUCAUCAAUAUGAAACUACAGGGGAUGAAGAUGUAUAUGUUGAUGUUGAGCACUUGGAUACUGAUACACUCAAUGAUAAAUUCGAGGAGAUGCUGGAUGAUAUGAAUCUUACUGAGGAAAAAAAAGAGCCUUUGCGACAACAAUCUACUGCUAAUAAACAAAAAAUGUUAUCCCUACAUCUUUUAGGAGGUGGACCUGGAGGAGGUACUGCUAGUGGUGGUAUUGCUCAAUCAAGUGAUGGUAAAAAAAAUAAACUGGAUAAACCAGCUGAAUAUAUUCAAUAUUUGGCACAGCCUGAUUUAAGUGCAAAUAAAACUUACACGUGUGUUGUGUCAUUGCGUAUUGCUCUGACAAACCAUCCAUUAAGUUGGGUGAAUGAGUUUGGUUCUGAUGGGCUCAGGCAAUUGUUGGCUGUUCUCAAUGAAUGUUACCGAAAUGAUAGGGGCAAGGGAAAUGUUCAACAACAGCAGUUUGCACGUAUUCAGUAUGAAUGCAUUCGUUGUUUGAAAGUAAUCAUGAACAACACUGUAGGUUUGAAGCAAAUGUUUGGGCACUGUGAAGCUCUCACUGUUGUAGCACGUUCAUUAGAUGCUCGUAAACCAGCUGUUAUGUUAGAGGCAUGCAAAGUUUUGGCUGCUGUUAGUUUAGUACCCCCAGAUGGACAUGAACGAGCACUUGAGGCUAUUACUAUGAGUCAAGAAAUUAGUGGUGGUGGCGGUGAUUCAGCAACUGAUAACAGCUGUUGUUAUUGUGGAGGUGCUCGAGCUAACCGUUUCCGUCCAAUAGUACAAGGACUUCGUUCAGGCAAUGAAGCUCUUAAAGUAGCAUGCUUGCAAUUUAUUAAUGCCAUUGUUAGUACACCAGAUGAUCUACAUCAUAGAUGUGCUCUGCGGAAUGAAAUUGUUGGAGCAGCUGGCAUGUGUGAUGCACUUGAUGCUUUAGAAAAAGAAGCUAAAGGUGAAGAUCUGGACAGGCAAUUAAACAUUUUUAAUUCACAUAAAGAUGAUGACCAUGAGGCUCUAGCACAGAGAUUUAAUGGUGCUAGUGCUGAUUAUGAUGAUCCUUCAGAUUGUUUUGAAGUACUACGAAAUGCAGUUGCAGACACCCCUGCUGAACCACUUCUUCUUAGUAUUUUGCAGCAUAUGUUGUUUAUUCGUGAUGAUCCAGUUGUAAGACCUGCGUAUUACCGACUUAUUGAAGAGUGUGUUUCCCAAGUUGUUAUGCACCGUAAUGAUCCUGACUUCCGAAGUGGACGGCGGUUUCAUCUAGAUGUACAACCUCUUAUUGAUACUCUAGUUGAGAGAUCACGUGUUGAUGAAAAUAGGCGAGUAGAAGAACUUCGAGCAAAGUUGGAAGAAGCUGUUGCAACACGUCAAGAGGCGGAAGCUCGAUUAGAAACUGUUUUAGCAGAACUCAAAAAACAAGAUAAUGAUGGUAGCAUUAAAACUUCAUCAGUAAUUGCCGCACAACAACAGAGAUUGUUGGCGGCAGGAGGACCUCCACCUCCACCACCACCUCCACCACCUCCAAUACCUGGUGGUGGAGCAGGACCACCACUUCCUCCACCUAUGCCUGGUAUGAAUGUCCCUCCUCCACCACCUCCAAUGCCUGGGACUGGUGGUGGUCCUCCCCCACCUCCACCCCUACCUGGUAUGAGCGGACCGCCUCCUCCGCCACCACCUGGUGGUUUACCAGCUUUUGGAGCAAUUCAAACAGCAACACUUCCACCUGGUUUGAAACCUAAGAAACGAUGGAAUGUAGAUGGCCCAAUAAAAAGAGCAAAUUGGAAAACUGUAACUCCUACUAAACUAAGUGCUGGUUCAUUUUGGACAGGAGUGCACGAAGAUGAACUUGCUACAACUGAAUUAUUACAAGGUUUACAAGAAAGGUUUUCAUCCAAACCUCCCUCAUCUACAGGUACAGGAGCCACACUUCGUAAUAAUGGGGGAGAAGAUCUCACAGAGAGAGGAACUAGAAACACUGCGAGAUUGCCUAGGGUUCUUGAUCAAAAAGCAGCUCAAAAUCUAUCUAUUUUGUUGGGAUCACUCAAGCAUAUGACCUAUAUAGAUGUCAAACGAGCAGUAUUUCGUUGUGAUGGUGCUGUGCUAACAGCUAAUGUGCUCGAUCAGCUUGUGGCUUAUCUACCACCACCAGACCAAAUGAAACGUUUACGUGAACUUCUAGCCAGUGGAAUGUGUCGUUAUGAUGAACUUGUUGAAGCUGAACAAUUUGCUGUUACAAUUGGCGAAGUAAAAAGAUUGACACCUAGGUUACGCUCAUUAGCAUAUAAACAUCAACACCGAGAUUUAGUAGAAGAUGUAAAACCUGCAGUAGUGGCUGGCACAGCUGCUUGUGAGGAAGUACGAUCAGCAAAACGGUUUGGUAAAUUACUUGAGUUAGUAUUGCUCAUGGGUAAUUACAUGAAUUCAGGAAGCCGAAAUGGACAAGCAUAUGGUUUUGACAUAUCUUUUUUGCCCAAGCUAACAUCUAUUAAAGAUGUAGAAAAUCGAGCUACUCUAGUGCAUUAUCUAGCUGAUGUUGUGGAGCGUGAGCAUCCUGAUUGGUUAGCUUUUGGUGAUGAGUUGACUCAUUGUGAUCGAGCAGCCCGUGUUAGUGUGGAUGCAGUCAGAAAACAAUUGCGAGCAAUGGAUGCUGGCGUUCGUAAUGUUGAAGCAGAUUUAGCAGCUUCUGCUAAGACACCUCCUUCUGAUCAUGACGAAGAGGAUUUAUUUGUUCAAGUUAUGACUCCAUUUGCACGAGAAGCUAAAGCUGAUGCAGAACUUCUCAGAAAUAUGUGUAAUCGUAUGCAGUCUGUUUACAACAAACUAGCAGAGUAUCUUACAUUUGAUCCACAAUCAUACCCACCUGAUGAACUCUUUGCUGACUUGAAAACAUUCAAAGAUGCAUUUUAUGAGGCCCUUAAAGAUAAUCAAAAAAGACGAGAUGCUGAGCAAAGAGCACGUAGAGCUAGAGAUGCUCGUGAGGCUGCAGAUCGUGAACGUAGAGAUCGUGCAGCUGCUAGGCAGAGAAAUGCAGCCAUGGCUGCAAAUGGGGGUGCAGGUUCACGGGCUGGAGUGCUUGUAGUUGACAUGGAUAAACCUCAAGAAGGAGUUAUGGAUAGCUUAUUUGAAGCUCUCCAAUCAGGGUCAGCAUUUGCAAAUAGCCGUGAUCAACAGAGACGUCGCCGGAGAGGAGAUGCAUCCUCUAACUCUCGAGAAGGGAGCAAAAGCCAAGCUGGUAGAAGAACAUAUGCUGCAAUGUAUGAUAGAGAUCUACCUACACCAACAGCAAUCAAAUGACAAAUGUCCUCUAUAUUAGUGCUAUACUUCUUGUUUAUUUUUCAAAGUAACAACAAAAUCAAUAAAAUGUAUCUUUAGCCAUGUUUAACUACAUCAUUGGCUUUUAUUUUUGUUUUAUUAUACUUGAAAACAAAAGUAUUGAGAAAAGUAUUUCUGGGGAAACCGUUAUGAUUAUCUUAUUAUUCUUAGACUGGAAAUCAGUUUGUUUUGUCUAACAGUUUUUCGUCAACUUACUACUGUUGUCACGAAGUUUAACUGGUAAUCAAGUUGAACAUUUGUAUGAGAAUAUGUCAAAAGAUAAUACUUCAAUGAACUAAUGUCCAUCAGUUAAAGUUUUAAUUGGUUGUGCUGAUAGAAUUUGCUAACUAUUAUUAACUAUAUUAAUUAUUAUUAUUAUUAUUGACUAUUGUAUUUAUAUACCACUUAUUAUUAUAUUUACAUAUGUAUAAAUAUAUAUGUUUAUGUUAUUA